UCCUGUGCUGCUGCUGCUGCUGCACUGCAGCCUCUCACCGCUCUGCACACAGCAGCACAUUAUUAUCCCAGGCUCUGCUGCCAGGCUCUGCAGGGAUGCUGGUGACCCCAGGAGGCUGCUGCUGCUGCUUCUGCCCCCGGAGCCGGGGCAUCUGAGACUGACCCCCGGAGGAGCCGCUGCCGCUCUGCCAGCUCGUCCGGAGGAAUCUACCCCCGUCCCCCAGCAGCGACUGCCCGGCCAUGGAGGCUGCGGACAAGGAGUGCGGGGCCCUGGGGGGCCUCUUCCAGGCCAUCAUCAAUGACAUGAAGAGCUCUUAUCCAAUCUGGGAGGAUUUCAGCUCUAAAGCCACUAAACUGCACUCACAGCUCAGGACCACCGUGCUGGCUGCUGUCGCCUUUCUUGAUGCUUUCCAGAAAGUAGCCGACAUGGCGACCAAUACUCGAGGAGCGACACGAGACAUUGGAUCCGCUCUGACCCGGAUGUGUAUGAGACACCGAAGCAUCGAGAGCAAACUGAGACACUUCACCAACGCCCUCCUGGAGAGUUUAAUAAACCCCCUUCAGGAACGAAUAGAAGACUGGAAGAAAACCGCAAACACACUGGACAAAGAACAUGCAAGAGAAUAUAAACGCGCUCGUCAUGAGAUAAAGAAGAAAUCAUCUGAUACACUAAAGCUACAGAAAAAAGCUCGUAAAGGGAAGGGUGACUUACAACCCCAGCUGGACCAUGCUCUUCAAGAUGUAAAUGACAUGUACCUGCUACUGGAGGAGACAGAGAAGCAGGCCGUCCGCAGGGCGCUAAUCGAGGAGCGCGGGCGCUUCUGUACUUUUAUUGCACUUUUGCAGCCUGUGGUGAAUGGAGAGAUUCACAUGCUCGGAGAGGUGACGCACUUACAGGCAAUUAUUGACGAUCUGAUGGUGCUGAGUGAUGAGCCCCACAAAUUGCCUGCAGCCAGCGAACAGGUCAUUAAGGACCUGAAAGGAUCAGAUUACUCUUGGUCCUAUACGACGCCGCCUUCCUCACCAAGUAGCUCCGGAUCUCGGAAUUCCAACAUAUGCAGCACAAAAUCUGUCCCCUCCUGGCAAGCUGCCUCCUCGCACCCCCAGUCACCGGGCUCUGCGUGCCGCUACCGCAACCUGCCGCAGUCCAGCGGAGGUACACAGCGCCUGAUAAGCUCCUCCUCCCAGGAUUCAGGGUGCAGUUCACAUGAGACGAUCUUCUCCAAGCCACCGUCACCAAUGCCAUCAGACAUCACCAGCCAGAAGUCCUCGAGCUCGGCGUCUUCAGAGGCCUCAGAGACUUGUCAGUCAGUCAGCGAGUGUAGCUCCCCUACUUCAGAUUGGUCCCGCUCUGGGCCGUACGAGACCCCACCAGCUAGUUCCGUCCAGCGUAGGAAGGACCGCGUGGAGCACCUGCGGGAGGCGGAGCUGGGUCCCACGUAUCUGGGCAUGGAGGACCCUUACCGACCUCGUAUGUCCCCUGCUGUCAUUGCUGCUAAGCAUGGAGAGGAAGUGUCCGCAGCAGCCAGCGAUUUGGCAAUGGUAUUAACCCGCGGGUUGAGCCUGGAGCACCAGAAAAGCAGCCGUGACUCUCUGCAAUAUUCUAGUGGCUAUAGCACUCAAACUACCACCCCUUCCUGUUCCGAGGACACUAUCCCAUCACAAGGCUCCGACUAUGACUGUUAUUCCGUGAAUGGAGACGCAGACGGCGACGGCUCCGGUGACUUUGACAGAUCUUCUACUGUUCCCAGGAGCAGCAGCUUGGCGCAGAACUACCGCCGCAUGCUGCAAACCAAGCGCCCAGCCUCUACAGCUGGCCUGCCUUGUGCCAUGCCACCCUCUGGUUCUGCUCCACCACCACCGCAGUCUGGAUCUACUCCGGGGGUGGCAACAAUAAGACGUACUCCUUCCACCAAACCCACAGUCAGACGCACUUUAUCCAAUGCUGGACCCAUUCCAUGCCGCCCCCCAAUUGUGCCAGUAAGAACCCCCACUGUGCCAGACUCUCCCAGUGGGGGGCUGGGAGGACGUUCCCGCGUUGGAAGUGAGGAGUGUGUUUUUUAUCUAGGAUGUGAUGACGGAAGCCCACUGGACUAUGCCAAGUCUUCCCCUAAACGUCUCAGUCUCCCCAAUGCCGCCUGGGGAGGGGCGGGGGAAAUGUCCGUGUACGGAGGUGGUGGAGGGGAUGAGGAAGACAUGGGAGGAGGUCUUCUGGCUGCCAAUCGGCACAGUCUGGUUGAGAAAAUUGGCGAGCUUGUAGCAGGGGCGCAUGCCCUAGGGGAUGGUCAGUUCCCUUUUCCCUCAGCUCCAGACAAGAGUCAGGUUCCAGCACCAACAGGUGGAGGGAGUGUAUCAGAACCCCCAGCCGGUGACAUGCUGGCUUCCAUACGCAGAGGGGUACGGUUACGCCGGACCCUGACUAACGACCGGUCUGCACCCCGUAUCUUGUGAUGUGGGCUGAUUGGUUGAUAGGCUUGAGGAUUGGUGCUCCAAACGGGGAGGGGAGUGACACCUACUGUGAGGCACGGAAUGCAAACCUGGAAACCAAGGGGUGCUUAACCGUUUCAGGUUUAUCCAGACCUAGAGGGGUUAAGUUUGGUGACUGACCAAAAUGUUGAAACCAUUCCAAGCUAAAAGAACGAAUCAGUUGCUAAUACUUUACAGACCAUUUAUUUUCCUGGCAUUUAACAUUAUUUUAAAUAACAUCACAAUUGUGAUUCAGAUAAAUGGUAGGUAAGUAUUUCCAGGUUUAUCACCGCUUUGAAAAUAAGAUUAAGCUACAGUAUAUCUACACAAACUUACAUCACCGAGUCAGGCACAUACACUGUAUCUCACUCCAUUCCUUGCUAGAGGUCACGCCAUGUUGGUGCACAAUCUGACUGCUGCUUCCGUGCUGAUAUAACCUGGGAUCUGGCUGCAAUGAACAUAGAAAGACAUCAAAUUCUAACACAGGAAAUACACCUUGUCCGGGCGCUCAUUCCAUAGUUAUAUGUGGGUAUAAUUCAGCAAAUUCUACUUCUCAGUGCCAACUUCUGUGCUGGCUAUCACCAUGUGCACCGACCAGCUAUCACCAUGUGCACUGGCGAACUGUUGCCAUGUGUACCGUCCGUCUGUUACCAUGUGUACCGGCCAGCUAUCACCAUGUGCACUUGCCAACUGUUACCAUGUGUACCGGUCGACUGUUGCCAUGUGUACCAUCCAUCUGUUGCCAUGUGUACCGGCCGACUGUUGCCAUGUGUACCGUCCGUCUGUUGCCAUGUGUACCGUCCGUCUGUUGCCAUGUGUACCGUCCGACUGUUACCAUGUGUACCGGUCGACUGUUACCAUGUGUACCGGUCGACUGUUACCAUGUGUACCGGUUGACUGUUACCAUGUGUACCGGAUGGCUGUUACCAUGUCUACCGGCCAGCUGUUACCAUGUGUAAUGGCGGGUGACUGUUACCAUGUGUACUAGGUGACUGUUACCAUGUGUACCGGCCAGCUGUUACCAUGUGUAAUAGCGGGUCACUGUUACCAUGUGUACCGGGUGACUGUUACCAUGUGUAGCGCAUGGCUGUUACUAUGUGUACCGGGUGACUGUUACCAUGUGUAGCGGAUGGCUGUUACCAUGUGUAAUGGCGGGUGACUGUUACCAUGUGUAUCGGCCAGCUGUUACCAUGUGUAAUGGUGGGUGACUGUUACCAUGUGUAGCGGAUGGCUGUUACCAUGUGUACCGGCUCGCUAUAACCAUGUGUACCAGCCAGCUGUUACCAUGGUUGCUGGCAGGCUGUUACCAUUCGUCCAUGCGGGCUGUUACCAUGUGUACCGGUCGGCUGUUACUGUGUGUAACGGCCAACUGUUAUCGUGUGUACUGGCUGGCUGUUGCCAUGUGUACCGGAUGGCUGUUACCAUGUCUACCGGCCGGCUACUACCAUGUGUACUGGGUGGCUGUUACCAUGUGUACCGCCCAGCUGUUACCAUGUGUACCGCCCGGCUAUUACCAUGUGUUCCGAAUGACUGUUAUCAUGUGUACCGACCGGCUACCAUGUGUACCGUCUGGCUAUAACCAUGUGUACCAGAUGACUGUUACCAUGCGUUCCUGCCAGCUGUUACCAUGUUCAAUUUGCCGGCUGUUGGGAUACCGACAAUCAGGAUACCGACGCCGGAAUCCCGACAGCUGACAAUACCGCCAGCCAAUGUCCCGGCAAAACAGGACUAUUCCAUUCGUGGGUGUCCAUGAGACCCAUAGAGUGGGAGUAGAACCUGUGGCGAGCCCGCCAGGAGACUCUUUGCGCUCGUACUGCUGCCGGCUUUCUGCCGGCAGGAUGUCACUAUCAGUAUAUGGACAGCCGGCAUCCCGCCUGCCGGUAAAUCAUACUGAAUCCUGUGUAAUGUCUUGUAUCCCGGCAUAAUAGAGUGUAAACGGUGCCUGAAUUGCAUUGCUCUGGUUGGCUCGUUCUGAUACACAUAGACCCAUUUUAAAAAUAGGCGUUUUAGGGAAUAUAUUAAUAUAUUAAUUCUGUCCCGGCAGUGGUAUAUACUGGUUGUUGCCUAUGUUCAUUGUGGCCUGGGUGUACAGGUGUAUAUUUUGGCUCAGGAAUUGUGUCUGUGGGCGGCGUGUAGUGUCACAUGGGAUGUUAUAUACAUUAUAUAUUAUAUACAGCACAGACCACACACACUGUUCCCUGUUAGUGGAUUGUCUCAGUGUAUAAGGAAAUGACAAGUGGCUUGUACUCUCACAGUGACAUGACAAGUGCCACGUGCCGUGUGCUGCGCCACAGUCCCCUUUGCCACACACGGUACGUGGAAACUACAUAGAGUCCUGGACCCAGGUGCCGUGUGCUGUGCCACAGUCACCUCUGCCACCCACAGUACAUGGGGUACUACAUAGAGUCCAGAACGCAGGUGCCGUGUGCUGUGCCACAGUCCCCUCUGCCACACACAGUACAUGGGGGUACUACAUAGAGUCCAGAACGCAGGUGCCAAGUGCCGUGUGUUGUGCCACAGUCCCCUCUGCCACACAUAGUACAUGGGAAACUACAUAGAGUCCUGGACGCAGGUGCCACAUGCCGUGUGCUGUGCCACAGUCCCCUCUGCCACACACAGUACGCGGGGUACUACAUAGAGUCCAGGAUGCAGGUGCCACGUGCCGUGUGCUGUGCCACAGUCACCUCUGCCACCCACAGUACAUGGGGUACUACAUAGAGUCCAGAACGCAGGUGCCGUGUGCUGUGCCACAGUCCCCUCUGCCACACACAGUACAUGGGGGUACUACAUAGAGUCCAGAACGCAGGUGCCACGUGCCGUGUGUUGUGCCACAGUCCCCUCUGCCACACAUAGUACAUGGGAAACUACAUAGAGUCCUGGACGCAGGUGCCACAUGCCGUGUGCUGUGCCACAGUCCCCUCUGCCACACACAGUACGCGGGAUACUACAUAGAGUGCAGGUGCCACGUGCCGUGUGCUGUGCCACAGUCACCUCUGCCACCCACAGUACAUGGGGUACUACAUAGAGUCCAGAACGCAGGUGCCGUGUGCUGUGCCACAGUCCCCUCUGCCACACACAGUACAUGGGGGUACUACAUAGAGUCCAGAACGCAGGUGCCACGUGCCGUGUGUUGUGCCACAGUCCCCUCUGCCACACAUAGUACAUGGGAAACUACAUAGAGUCCUGGACGCAGGUGCCACAUGCCGUGUGCUGUGCCACAGUCCCCUCUGCCACACACAGUACGCGGGGUACUACAUAGAGUCCAGGAUGCAGGUGCCACGUGCCGUGUGCUGUGCCACAGUCACCUCUGCCACCCACAGUACAUGGGGUACUACAUAGAGUCCAGAACGCAGGUGCCGUGUGCUGUGCCACAGUCCCCUCUGCCACACACAGUACAUGGGGGUACUACAUAGAGUCCAGAACGCAGGUGCCACGUGCCGUGUGUUGUGCCACAGUCCCCUCUGCCACACAUAGUACAUGGGAAACUACAUAGAGUCCUGGACGCAGGUGCCACAUGCCGUGUGCUGUGCCACAGUCCCCUCUGCCACACACAGUACGCGGGGUACUACAUAGAGUCCAGGACGCAGGUGCCACGUGCCGUAUGCUGUGCCACACACGGUACGUGGGAACUACAUAGAGUCCUGGAUGCAGGUGCUGUGCCACAGUCCCCUCUGCCACAGACAGUACGUGGGGAACUACAUAGAGUCCUGGACCCAGGUGCCGUGUGCUGUGCCAUACAUGGUACGUGGGGUACUACACAGAGUCCAGAACGCAUGGGGAUCUGAGCUGGACUCUACGCCAGUAAUUCUGCCUCGGUCCGGAGCACACGCCAGAGAAAGAGUGUUACCGGCGAGCUAUACGAUUUGUUACUGUACAAUUUGUGCCAAAUCACCGAUGUCUCUGAGACUAUACAGCCGCCAUGUUUAUUACGUGGUCUUAUACUAACUUGUGACAUCAGACGAUAAUAUGGAAACAUUUUCCUUGCCCUACAUGGAAGCCGAUAUCGGGGUUUUGCCCGAAUGUUGUAGUAAGGACACGGGGUGGGUCACCGAUCAGAUGGAACCUUGGAAACUAGUGACAGCAAACGUCAUUAUUACAGCUUAAUGAACACGCCCCGAGGAGAGCAAGCUAUUUUUCAGAGAUUUUAUGCCUUUAUGAUCACAGAGGCCUCUCUCAUACUGUUGUGUAAUCUCUGUGCUCCCUACCUUUCCCCCUCUGUAGUAAGGAGGCUCAGUCCCUACUGUCACCCGAUGUCCACGCCCUGUCACCCUACCAGGAUGCACGCAGCAGGCAUAACUGCUGCUGUAGUCCCUGCAAUGGGUCUUGUAGACAGACGUGACCAGUAUUAUUGCAAUAAGAGGAACCUGGCUUACUACUACAUGUAUGUGCAGGGAAGAGGUAUUCCUUCUACAUACCACGGGCAAGCAACCGGCUGGGAAUCUAGCCUAGGCCGAACAUUGGUUCAUGUCGCCAAUUGCCCACCUUCAGGGUGUACAGGUGGCCGGGACUGACUCACCCACCAAGUGGGGGUUUCGGACCACCUGAUGAGCCCCCUGUCAGAGGCCUAGAAAGAUGUGUCUUAGAACUCUUUGAAACAGGCUGCCCUGGGCCUGGAGAUAUUAUUUGCCCCUGGUAGAGGGCAGUUUUCAAUUACUAAGAUGUAAGUAACUAUGAGGUAAUUAUAGAGAGGUAUUUUUUUCAGAGACUAAUUGACAAGAUAACUUUAUCUCCCCGGGUGGUUUCUCAUGAGAAGAGUAACGGGAAAGAGAAUAUUUUUACGUGGCCGGAGGCUGAGCCAACGGCAGACAAACUAAGAAUGAAUAUUGGUCACAAGGGAACUUGUGAGAUACGUAGCUAUGUUCUGGCGCCACCUGCUGGUCAGGGUGAAGAAGUACAGUCAUUGUACCUCUUGUUGACGUAGGCUUUAUGCCCUCAUAUUGUAACGCUAUAAUGAAGGCGACACGUGGCAAUGGAGAAUAGAGAUUAUGAUGAGUAAGUUCGUAGAGCUUUGGAGGGCUCCGAGUGCUGACACACAUGGAGGCAGCCAUCUUGCGGCCUGAACCGGUUAGAAUUGGCUGUUCAGAGUUGCUGCCAUCACUGUGUGUAGCCGUGUUCACCUAAACAUUACUGUUUUCGCCAAGAUCCGUGCUGCCAGCAAUAGGGCCUCUCAUAAAGAUACGUGACUGACACGCAAUUUAGAAAAUCCAUUAUUUAUGACUCAUCUGCGACAAAUAAGAUAUUCCUGAUCAAAGAUGGGUCAUCAUCUAGGUGAUGUAGGGUAUGGGCCGCCCCUGAGGUCUGCCAGAUGGAACGUGUGAGGAAUAAUCUGCAUUAUUCCCUGAUUGCCAUACACUGAGAGCAGCAUCAGCCCCGGAAUGUCCGUCACCCAUCACAUGACUUAGAGACUACAUAGGGAAAGGUCAGGGUAUGUGCUGUGGAGGUUAUAGCAUGUGGAGGAGGUCUUCCUGUGGACAGGUCACGUUUGCGAACCAUCACAGCCGGCUGUCCACCUUCAUGUACACUUAUGGCCUUGUGCGCGCCGUACUGCAGCUUUUACUAAGCUUUCUCCUGUGCUUUCUGGUGAGGUGUCUGGAAGAGGAGGAAUGAAAAUGUUGCCUUAAUUUGUCUGUAGGGCUGUACUCCAAUCGCAUCACCCUCCAUAGUCUGUGACAUACCGACUUCUUCACCAUUUUCCAUGGUAAGGGGCAGGAUGUGGAUGUAAUACCACAAUUAUCGGUCGCCAUUAUAGAAUACACAACCUCUCAUCGUUUCUGCUUUACUUUUUAAUAGAACAUGGUGUAAAUCUGAGUAAUCAUUCCACCCAAGAUAUUCUUAUAUCCCUCCGCAGUUGUCUGCACUGUACGCAUUUUUAUCCAGCUCUGCGCCACAUCCAAGGGCUAAAAAAUAAACACAUGUCUGGAUAAUAUAAAGACCUUACUUUGAGGCAUCGGAGACAGCCAGGAAGAUAAACCGUUAUCCUUAGGAAAAGCUGCAGAAAGACACGAACAAGCCAAUAAAUGAGUUAUGUGAAAGACGGCAGCCGGUCUGAUGUGUGGGGUGUUCUGAUGCCGUAAAGAGGGAUUGGGCAUGUGAAUAAGAGGAAUUUAGGAAGAGAUAAAGACUGUCGCUACAAGUGAUAACAAAUGAAAUGAUGUUCAGUUUUAUCUGGUACUGUCUUGUCCACCCACUCAAGGAUUUUUUUAAAUAACAGUCAAGAUCUUAGAUUAGUUACUAGGUAACAUGUCUCCAUGAUGGAAAAAGGAUGUCAUGGUGGAGGCUACUAAAGCAUUGGAGGUCUCCAAUGAUGAUGGGUGCUGCUACCAAAGCUGCAGAUCUCUAUUGAUGGUUGGUCAUGGUGCAAAUCUCAUCAGCUGGAGACAGUAAAUCUGCAGAUCCUCUGCAUGUGUAUGGGUCUGCUAGUUCAUCUUCAGGUCCACAAUGAUGUUAUAGGCUGUUAGUGCAUUGGGAGGUUUCCAAUGAGUGUAGAUGCUAAUUAAAGCAGGUCUCCAUUGAUGAUAGUAGUGCUAGCAGAUAGGGAGGUCUCCAGUGAUGGCAGUGGUACUAGCAGAUAGGGAGGUCUCCAGUGAUGGUAGUGGUGCUAGCAGAUAGGGAGUUCUCCAGUGAUGGUAAUGGUACUAGCAGAUGGGGAGGUCUCCAGUGAUGGUAGUGGUGCUAGCAGAUAGGGAGGUCUCCAGUGAUGGCAGUGCUGCUAGCAGAUAGGGAGUUCUCCAGUGAUGGUAGUGGUACUAGCAGAUGGGGAGGUCUCCAGUGAUGGUAGUGGUACUAGCAGAUAAGGAGUUCUCCAGUGGUGGUAGUGGCACUAGCAGGGAGGCCUCCAGUGAUGGUAGUGGUACUAGCAGAUGGGGAGGUCUCCAGUGAUGGCAGUGCUGCUAGCAGAUAGGGAGUUCUCCAGUGAUGGUAAUGGUACUAGCAGAUGGGGAGGUCUCCAGUGAUGGUAGUGGUGCUAGCAGAUAGGGAGGUCUCCAGUGAUGUCAGUGCUGCUAGCAGAUAGGGAGUUCUCCAGUGAUGGUAGUGUUACUAGCAGAUGGGGAGGUCUCCAGUGAUGGUAGUAGUACUAGCAGAUAAGGAGUUCUCCAGUGGUGGUAGUAGUACUAGCAGAUAGGGAGGUCUCCAGUGAUGGUAGUGGUACUAGCAGAUAAGGAGUUCUCCAGUGGUGGUGGUAGUGGCACUAGCAGGGAGGUCUCCAGUGAUGGUAGUGUUACUAGCAGAUGGGGAGGUCUCCAGUGAUGGUAGUAGUACUAGCAGAUAAGGAGUUCUCCAGUGGUGGUAGUGGUACUAGCAGAUAGGGAGGUCUCCAGUGAUGGUAGUGGUACUAGCAGAUAAGGAGUUCUCCAGUGGUGGUAGUGGCACUAGCAGGGAGGUCUCCAGUGAUGGUAGUGGUACUAGCAGAUGGGGAGGUCUCCAGUGAUGGCAGUGCUGCUAGCAGAUAGGGAGGUCUCCAUUGAUGGCAGAGGUGCUAGUAGAUAGGGAGGUCUCCAAUGAUGGUAGUGUUACUAGCAGAUAAGGAGUUCUCCAGUGAUGGUAGUGGUAUUAGCAGAUAGGGAGGUCUUCAGUGAUGGUAGUGGUACUAGCAGAUAAGGAGUUCUCCAGUGAUGGUAGUGGUACUAGCAGAUAGGGAGGUCUCCAGAGAUGGUAGUGGUGCUAGCAGAUAGGGAAGUCUCCAGUGAUGGUAGUGGUACUAGCAGACCUAGAGGUCUCCAGUGAUGGUAGUGGUCUUUGCAGGGAAGUCUCCAGUGACAAGGAUGUCUCCAGCAAUGGUGGAGGACACUAGUAGAACCACACAUCUACAGUGAUUACUGAGACUGGCAGCACAGCAAUUGGUCUUCAUCUUGUAGCUCUGCAGGUCUACCAUGGUGGUGAGGAAUACUGAAGUAAUUAACUUGGUUUGAGACUAAAGACUAUGAAAACGGCAAGUUUAUUUGAUAGUAGGAAAUAUUUGUUCUUGUAAAGUUAAUGGUACCAGAAAGAUAAAGCUGAUGACAGCAUGGUGAUUAUAGGCAACUGGAUAGCUUGGAGGUCUGAGGAAAUGUGGAAUGUUGCUGAGGGCAUCGGGAAUAUGCAGGCCUGGGUGAGUGACAGUAACUAGCUAUUUGGGAGCAGGUUAGGGGGAAGCAGUGGCUCUUAGGCCAUGAUAAAAAAAUUACAGGGGAAGCAGCUGGUGAGUAGCAGGUGGAUGUUUUCUUAAGGAGUAAUAUUCAUGUCCAGGAUUGGUUUAAGAGUUACUGUCUGGCUUGGCAGUAUGGGCGAAUAGUGGCUGGCUUGGGGGUAUGGGAGGCUAGUGGACGGGCUGGGAGGUAUGUCCAUGCUCGGGUCGCUAGGUAAGGUUCCUGCUCCUGGCUGUAGUUGCCAUUUGUCAGAUGAAAGAAAUGAGAACAGAGCAACUUUCCACUUCCGAGCAGAGUCUGUGACCAUUGCUCAAAGAGCCCAUAGCGGAGGGCUCCCCCUAUCUAUCAGUGUUGGAUGCUGCAGGCAGAUAGAACCGUCUGUGGACAGGGAUGCCAAGCGCUUUCUCACUUAUUUCAGAAAGAACCAAUUUCUGGGUUCUUGAAGGAAAAUACUAUAAAGCUCCACCGUAGACUUAAUGUAAUUCAGCCGCUGCAUUGUAUGCACACACCACUUCUACUAAACCUUAGUUCUGGUGGAGGUCCUCUCGGUAGCGCCCCGGUAGUCUGUGGCAAUACCAUAUACCUGCCUACUGACCAGAUACUGCAAUAAACGCGCGCUCUCUAUGGGAGUGUCGCCAUUUUGCUAACGGGAUGAUAACGUAAUCAUUUAAUUUGUUUUCCAGGAGUUAUAAGAUAACGAUUAUUUGACUUACUUGGAAAUAAACGAUAGAGGUAGAUACACCAUUUAACACUUUUACCAACAGCUAUGCAUUAUAUUGUCAUGGGUUACUGAGUGUCCCCUUGGUAGUAGAGAAGAGGAACCGAGGAACGGCUACUGGAAGCACAAUACACUCUCCUCCCUCAGCCUCUUCUGUACACUUCUAUAUCCUUUUCUAUCUACCCUUCUGUGGGGGAGGGAGGGGGUAUUAAUCUUGUGGGGUUCCCUUUAUAUAAGCUCCCUGCCCUGUGUGUGUCUAUAACACAAAGCACUGUUGUCGUUGUACAGACCUCUUACACUGGAUAUGUGUGUCUACGUUUGUACCUGUGUAUUUUCACAUACCUAUAUCUUUCAUCUAUUUGCCUGAACCGCGGGGCAGACUGAAGCGUUUGCUUUUAUCCAUGUUGUCACCUCAUUUUGUAUGACGUCAGAGGUACGGGCGGGGUGGGGGCUGCCCGCCUCGCUCAUGACGUCUCACUGUGUCCUUCCGAUGUGCAAACGUCUUCUGCUCUUGCUGUUGACUGUUCUCUAUUGUAUUCUGUUUUCUACGUGUUAUUUUGUGCCCCUCUCCUGACUACGCCUUUUUAUUUAAGAGCAAAACGAUUCUUUUUCUAGUCAUCCGUUUUUUCACUCAGAAUUGCGCUGAUUGGUAACUCCGCACUGUGACGAUCCAGUAUUAAUAAACUUGUACUGUACAAAU